AUGAAUUCUGGUACAUUUGAUCUUGAUAAUGAGAGGAGUAAAAUCUCUAAUGCUGCUAAUUAUUUGAAUGAACGUCUUGCUUCACAUAUGAAAGAGCAUGUGAAUGCAGAACCACCAAGAAUAUUAAUCAUAUGUGGUUCUGGUCUUGGUGGUAUUUCUAAUAGACUAGAAAAAAGUGAUCCUCCUAUUUUGACUAUUCCAUAUGAAGAGAUACCAGAAUUUAAGCGUAGUACUGUUCCAGGUCAUUCGGGUUCUUUACUCUUUGGAAAAAUGCAAGGAACACCUGUAGUAUUGAUGAAUGGGAGAUUACAUGGAUAUGAAGGUAACUCAAUAUGGGAAACCGUUUUUCCUUUACGUGUCAUUAAUCAGAUGGGUCACAUUAAAUUGUUAAUAGUGACAAAUGCUUCUGGUGGGAUAAAUCCAGAUUUUAAUGCAUGCGAUUUGAUGUGUAUUUCAGAUCAUAUUAACCUCCCAGGUCUGGCUGGUUUACAUCCUUUGAAAGGACCAAACUUUGAUGAGCUUGGCCCUCGUUUUUUACCUCUAAGUGAUGCUUAUGAUUUAGCAUUAAGAAAAUUAUUAUUCAGGAAAUGGAAAGAAUUAAAUAUUGAAAGACCUUUAAGAGAAGGUAUUUAUGUGUUUGUAUCUGGUCCUACUUUUGAGACAAGGGCAGAGAGCAGAAUGAUAAGAAUGCUCGGUGGCGAUGCAGUCGGAAUGAGUACCGUUCCUGAAGUUAUUGUGGCAAGGCAUUGUGGAUGGAAAGUAUUAGCAUUAAGUUUAAUAACAAAUAAAUGUGUUACGGAUUAUCCUGCAAGUGCAUUAGAUGAUAAUCCAACUUCAUUAAAAGAAGGAAUUGCAUCUCAUCAAGAAGUCUUAGAAAAUGGGAAGAUUGCAUCUUUGGAUGUUGAAAGAUUGGUUGAGGCUGUAGUUGGUGAUCUUUAA